UUGUGUGGACGGGGUUGCGGGGAGGAUUUAGGCCGUUAUUUUGCUCGCCCUGCUGCUGCUGUUGUUGUUGUUGUUGUUCUUGGCAUGUGUCCACAUACUAAUGGAGCAGUGAGCGGAACCUGGCGGCUCGGUCCGGUCACAGCGGUUAUUUAGUUUGUGUACAAACGGGGAAGCGCCGCCGCAGCCAUAGCAGCUAGGUUAGCUUAGCAUGCUAAUAGCUGCUAGUACAGUUUACAAGCCGGGACGUUCGGUUCGGUUUAGAGUAAAUGUUUAAAUAUUCGCGAUCACGCGCCGCUUACCGAUUAAAUAUUGCGUUUAUUUAUUUAUAAAUGAUCAGUAUUAAUGUUAAAAGCUCGACGUGCUGGAUGUAAACGAGGAUUCGGUGCUUUUGUGGCUAUAUGUGUGUAUAGUGUAUAUUCCUGUAUAGAGGAGGCUUGUUUAUAGAUGCUACAUCCAGCACCAGGUUUCCAUAAUCAGUAAAUAGAAUUUCUAUAAUUGUGUAAUUCUAUCCUGGGUGUUUGGUGUGCAGGGCUGGACUGUUAGAAUGAAUGGCAGUCUCAGAUGCGAACAAAUCACCAAUUUUGUACCAAACCAAACCUGAAUCGGUUUCACAGGAUCGAAGAGUUGGAAGAAAAUGGCCCAGGAGGCGUUUCCUUUACAUUAUCUGGUCUGGAACAACCAGUACCAGGAACUGGAGCGAGAGCUGAAGAACAAGCAGCAGGAAAUCGAGAGCUUGGACCCUCGCGGGCGAACGCCGCUGGAGCUGGCCGUGUGCCUCGGACAUGUGGAGUCCACUCGCGUGCUGCUGCGCCACAACGCAGAUCCCACACGCUGCAGUGAGCGCGGCUGGACGGUGUUGCAGGAAGCAGUAAGCACAGGAGAUCCUGAACUGGUACAACUGGUCCUCCAGUACAGAGACUUCUGUAGAGCCACAGAGAGACUGGCCGGCAUCCCCGAACUUCUCAGCAAACUCAGACAGGCGAGGGAUUUCUACGUGGAGAUGAAGUGGGAGUUCACCAGCUGGGUGCCCCUGGUCUCUAAGGUGUGCCCGAGCGACGUGUACCGUGUAUGGAAGAGUGGCUCGUGUCUGCGAGUGGACACCACACUGCUGGGCUUCGAACACAUGACCUGGCUCAAGGGCCGCCGCAGCUACAUCUUUAAGGGUGGAGCUGACGGAGGCGCCGUGGUGAUGGAGGUGGACCACGAGAAGCAGGUGGUGUACACAGAGCCGCUGUCCCCGCGCGACGCUUCGUCUCUCCUCGCCGCCAUGCUACCGUCGCAGGAGAACACGGCGCAGAGACUCACCUCCCCCAUCGUCUCCACCCACCUCAACACGCGCAACAUAGCCUUCGAGCGGAACAAGGCUGGAAUUUGGGGCUGGCGCUCCGAGAAGUCUGAAGUGAUCAGUGGCUACGAGGCAAAGGUUUACAGUGCCAGUAACGUGGAGCUGGUGACGCGCUCUCGUACCGAACACCUCUCUGAUCAGGACAAGUCCAGGUGCAAAGGUUCCAGAACUCCUCUCCAGUCGUUCCUCGGGCUUGCAGAGCAGCACGUGUCGAACAACGGGAGUCAGGUGUCUCAGUGCGCGAGUCCUCACAACCCGACCGACAUCACGGCCGAGGAGUACUUCGACCCGGAGUUUGAUCUGAACGAUAGAGACAUUGGCAGGCCCAUCGAGCUCACCAGCAAGGUGCAAAGGUUUAAGGCCACGCUGUGGUUGAGUGAAGCCCACCCUCUAUCGCUGGCGGAGCAGGUGACGCCCAUCAUCGACCUCAUGGCGAUCUCUAAUGCGCACUUCGCUAAACUGAGGGACUUCAUUACGCUGCGUCUGCCGCCUGGAUUUCCCGUCAAGAUAGAGAUCCCGCUCUUCCACGUGUUGAACGCUCGGGUGACCUUUAGUAACCUGUGCGGCUGUGAUGAGCCGGUCAGCUCUGUUACCGUACAGUCUUCACCAGGAGCAACAGAAGCAGGUCAGACCCCCCCUCCCCUGAUGUGUGAAGUGGACCCGUCGGUGUUCGAACCUCCAGCCGAUUACACGCAGCUCGGUCCGGGCCGUAACGAGCCGCUGAGGGACGAGGACGACAACCUUCUGCAGUUCGCCAUUCAGCAGAGCCUGCUGGACGCCGGGACGGAGAGCGAUCAGGUGACUAUAUGGGAAGCUCUGACUAACACUCGGCCGGUGUCGUCUCAGCCUCCGCUGUACGAGGAGGACUCUCAGCUCGAGAGGGCGAUCCAGGAGUCGCUGUCUCUGUCGCUGACCGGAGGAGAGAGCGGCGACACCCCGGCUCGGUCUCCGUCGGGUUCCUCACCCGACCCGGCCCUCAACUCGCCCCCCUCCUACAAUUCGCUGGCUGACCCGCGGGCCACGGGGGCGUUCGGCGUGGCCGCUAGUUUUGACGAGCAGCUGCGCCUGGCGAUGGAGCUUUCGUGCCGGGAGCAGGAGCAGCUGGACAGGAAGCAGAGAGAAGAGGAGGAGGAGCUGGAGAGGAUACUGCAGCUCUCGCUCACUGAGAAGUGACGUCACUCGUCCCCGAGCCGCUCCCGUUUUCUUUCUUUAUUUAUUGAUUUGUGCUUUUUUUUAUCCCGCUGUGUUUAUUUAUUUGUAAAAAUUCCUGCUUCUUUUGUUAUAAAGUAUUAAACCGUGGACGGAGGCGACCGAGCGACUGAAGUGAACGAUUUUCCCUCGACUUUUAUCUCUUUAUUCUGAGUGAAAAUGUUUGAUUGUCAUGUUUACGAUAUAAAAUUAAUAAUUUAAAUAUGAAGUAUUGAUGAGUAUUGAUGAGUAUUGAUGAGUAUUGAUGAGUAUUGAUGAGUAUUGAUGAGUAGUGAUGAGUAGUGAUGAUGACGACACUGCAGACGUGAAUAAAUUAUUGAUAUUAUAUGAAAUCACUUCAAUAUGAUGGCUGAUAAACAGUGAAAGAAAUUAUUAAACGUUUCUGAAACACUUUUAAAA